AUGUCACAUCAAACGGGAAUUCAAGCGGGUAAUGAUGUGAAGGAUAUCUUUGCCAAUGCCAGGGGAGGAGACCACUAUCGAGUCUUAAAGAUCGUCAUUGAGGAUGAGCAGCUGAGUCUGGGUGCCACCAAGAAAGCAUCAAAGAAGUGGGACCAGGAGUAUGAUUCCUUGGUGCUGCCACUCCUCCAGGAUGACGUGCCCUGCUAUAUUCUGUACCGGCUGGAUUCAACUAACAACCAGGGCUACGAGUGGAUCUUCUUGGCCUGGUCACCGGACCAGUCUGCUGUGCGACAUAAAAUGUUAUAUGCUGCUACCAGAGCCACAAUCAAGAAAGAGUUUGGAGGUGGCCACAUCAAGGAUGAGAUUUUCGCUACAACAAAGGAUGAUUUGAAUCUCAGUGGAUACAGGAAAUACCUGACCUCGCAGGCUGCUCCCCUUCCCCUCACUGCUGCAGAGGAGGAACUGAGACGGAUUAAAUUAAAUGAGGUGCAGACGGACAUCAGUGUAGAUACCAAGCAGCAGACUCUGCAGGGAGUGGCCUUCCCUAUUCACAAAGACGCCAUUGCAGCUCUUGAACGUUAUAGGGACAAAAAAAUCAACUACGUACAACUGCAAGUAGAUGCCGAACAGGAGCUGAUUCGGUUGUGCAGCACUGAACCAACAGAGGUGAAAGACCUGCCAAUGAGAAUCCCGAAAGAUUCUGCACGUUACCACUUCUUCCUCUACAAACAUUCCCACGAAGGCGACUACUUAGAGUCCACAGUCUUCAUUUAUUCUAUGCCCGGGUACAAUUGUGGCAUCCGAGAGAGGAUGCUGUAUUCCAGCUGCAAAAAUCCCUUGGUUGACAUGGUGGAAAACAAUCUCCAGAUUGAGAUUGAGAGAAAGUUGGAGAUUGAUAAUGGGGAUGAUCUGACCAGUGAUUUCCUGUACGAGGAGGUGCAUCCCAAGCAGCAUGCACACAAGCAGGCCUUUGCCAAGCCCAAAGGCCCGGCUGGGAAGAAAGGUGGCCGCCGCAUCACCCGGCCACCCACAGACAAAGAGGAAGAAGAUUGAACCAACCUCAGCACCCGGCCACCACCUCCACCCCGAGCACGUUCCAUAGUGGAACAUUGCCGUGAUGGGGGAAAUCAUAUUUGACACGCUUGUUUAAAAGAAUAAGUCAACAACUUCAAAUUCUCACAAAGUUCACCAGAGACCCAACUAUGCACGCCAAGGACAACUGAGCAAUGACACACUUCAGAAUUUCCAUUUGUAGCUUGCCAAAUGGAAGCAUAUUCAUGUAUGUUAGUAGUCACAAAAAUUAAUUUACAAUGAUUCAAAAAGGCUCAAAGACAAACUUGAGGUUUUUACAUUUAUGCCAACUCUGAGACUUACAUAAAUGUUAGCGCGACUAAUGUGAACUUAUGCCAAUAUGAUGAAAUUCCCCCAUUUUGAGUUCACGUGCUCUAAUUCCUAACUUGCAUUCCUUAAGUCUGUGUCAAUUAAUGUUUUUGUGUCUAAUGUGUUGAAUAUAUGUCUUCUACUGUUUGCACAAAAGGUGCUCCAAAGCAGAAAAGAUAUGGUUAUUCCA